UAUUUUGGUUUUCUGCUCAUAAAAACUUAUAAUAAAAAUAUUCUUGACUAGUGAAAAAAAAAACUUUAAAAAGUCCGUCUACAAAAUGCACUAAAAAGUUUUCAAUAAUCAUUACAUUCAGAUUUACAGCGAAUUGGUCACAAUCUAAAUUAUUUGUCUCAUCAUCCAGAUAGGUCCAUGGACAGUCGAGCUAUGCUAUACACAAACACAUUUAUUGAUAACAUUCUCUCUCGAUUUAUUCGUCAUUAUUUCAUAAAAGCAUUUAGUUUAAGAAAGAUAGUUCAAGUUAUACAUAAACAAGUAUUGAUAGUGCAAAAGUCUUGGUCUCCGAAAUGAGAUGCUUCUAUUCCUCCAAUUGCUGGUUUUCAGCUGCAGCAGGUCCUCCUCCACUCUGCCGAUCCAGCGGUACCUAAGUUUUGAUAGUACUUGAUAUCCCUUAGAUUAGUUUUACACUUUUCUGUUUAAGGUACUGAAGUAUAAAUAAAUAUAAUUAAUAUUUAGCAGAUUUUUGAAGACACCAAUAAGUAUAAUAAAUAUAGGUUUUUGAAUAAAAUUUUACUAUACGUUUACUUUUGAUGUAAAAAAACGGAGGAUGUUAACAAUUCGGCGUGUUCUUGUGUAUUUUCAUGGACCUUCAUCCGUAGACCGAUAUUGACGAUCUAUAAUUAAUACUUUAUAUAUUACCAAAAAAAUAAAUCGAAUUUCUGUAUAAUAAUUUAUGACCAUUCGGAACAAAGAUUGUCCACCAACUUCCAAAAAAUCUUAAUGGUACAUUAUAUCUUUUAUAAAUAUAAACUAAUAAACACUUUAGACUUAAAUAAAGGGAGUUCAUUCACAUAGUCAAUUAAUACGAAGCUAUAAAGAUGAAAAAUUGUUAUGUGAUACUUUUUGGUAACAAAAAGGAUCACAAGGCCUAUUAAUCCUUAUCGUAUGUAACAAUUUACACCUUAGUACGGCAUCUUGCAGACUUUUUACAAUUGUCAAGAAUUCAAAUUAUUAUUAAAACACUGCUAAUAGCGGUCAAAAGUACUUUUAUAAUUGUUUGUUAGUUGUUUUUGAAUGUCAUUAAAACGGAAAAGCGUGCAAAAACUUUAGUAGUUACUAAAAAAUCUAUAUUAUAUAUAGUUGCAAUUUUGAUGUGGCAAUAUCAAGUUAUUAUGGAAACUAUCUAGUUAUUAAAUUAGAUUACAUUCAACAAUCCUUUUAACUUUAUAAUAUAUGUAUAGCUCAAUUUAAUCUAAACUUCGUAUCUAAACAAUUAAUUAACAAAUACAUUACAUCAUAGAUCAAAGGUCAAAUCGAAGCUAAUUUUGAAAGGGCGCGAAAUAAUCAAAAUGGCGUCGGUGGGUAAAGUAUUGGCCACAAUAAAAGCUGUCAUCACUCGUUUGGUGUUUGCGUGUCAUGGAAUAAUAGCAAUUUGGCAAGUCACCGUUUUUAAAAAUAACAAUGAAUAUUGGUACUUGGCGUCGCCGAUUCUCCUGUUAAUUUUCGAAGGCGUCUUCACGCUGACGGUCAAAAAGAAUCAAGAGUGGAAAUGGUGAGUGUCUAUUGUCUAGUUCGUUCUUUAUUUAAUUAAGGUAUUCUAUAAAAUCACAUUUGAGUUUGAUUUGUUUCUUUUACGGCCAGCAAGUAGACCAUAUAGAUUUUUUUAAAUUUUAUGACCUGGUAACGUAGACCUUUAAGUCAUAACUUAUUUGGAAAAGCAGAUAUAGAACCCAUUUCCCACUACAGAUAUAGCAUUUGUUUCUUGGAGCAUAUCAAAGAAGGUUAUUAUAUUAUCAGGAUCUUGUCUUUGUAAAAAAAUUGUAUAAUCUAUGUGAACAUAAGCUUAUUCACGUUCUUGUUACAACACCUAAAACGAUUAACUUUUCGCGAUAGGGUAAUAUUAUCCCCGGCGUUAAUUAUUGAUAUUUAAAUCAAUUUCAUAGAAAAAGAGUAUAAUAAAUAAUAUAUAUAAUUGGAAUCCAAAUUGGAAUUGAAUUGGAAUUUUUUAAAACCAACAUAAGGUUUAUGUAUUUUUUACCUUAAUAUUUAUUCUUUAUUGGCAAUUGGUACACUGUCGAUUUUAGGUCUCAUUCUGGUCGCAAAUUUUGUCGUACAGCGACUUUAAUUAUGAAUUUUUUUCAUUCCGAGAUGUAAUUGUAAGGUGGUCAACCAGGCUAACCCAAAAGUAAGAGUCAGGGUUUAAGUCUAUCCGUGUUAACGGCUACUCGAGCAAUAAAUGUAUGUUCAUACAACUUCAAAAUUCUAUUAAAAUUUUAAUGUUAUACACUAAGCAGAAACUAACCAAAUCGCUAAGAAAUUAUUAAUAAGUCACAAAACUUACAGCUAAAUGAUAAUAAUUUUUCAAAUUUUACUUUGGAUAAAAAGGCGCGUCGUAACUGCCUUAAAUUACCGGAUGUGACGCUGUCAAGUUAUACAUUAAGGUUUUGCUAUUUCCGUUCACACCCAGACUUUUGAAAUAAGGGAGUUGCUAGUUAAAAAAACGAUUUACGAACAUGAAAAUUGUAACACUCUUUUUUUAGGCGUUUAGCUGUGUUUGCAUAGGUCAAGUGUUGAAGUCCCUGUUGUCUAUAGAGUUUAUUACUGUGUACUUUGAACUUUCCAUAUCCAGCAAUAAAGUUGUAUAUGUACACAAUUGAACCAUGUUUUGAAGGAUCUUAAACAAGCUAUUCGGAGCUGAGACUUGCGCUAAAUAUAUCUCUCGUGACUCAUUCAUACGGGAGUUAUAGUAAUAAAAUAUAUGUGUGUCAGAGACAGAUAAUUAUAUUGUUCUUUUUUUGUUUGUAUAAAGUACGAAAUAGUUCUAAUUUGCUUUGCAUUACGAUUUUCCUUCUGGGCUUUUAUUAAACAGAUUUACGGAGGUUUCAUUAAAACUCCAAGCACGGGCAGGGCUAGAACUCCCAUCACACAAAGAUUAGAAGAUACACACAAGUUUGUGUGUUUAAGGAAUGAAAUUAUUGUUUUACUGCAAAUAAUAAUAGGAUUUUUUCAGAUUCUUUUACAUUAAAUAUAUUCAUAUUUCUAUCUCAUAAUUUAAGGUAUCUAAGUGCCUCUUUUUGGCAAAAUCCUCUACAUCCCGCCAUUCCUGUCUACACUGUGCCACUCUCUGCCAUGUACCUUUUCCUUAAUUUGGUCUAUACACCUUUUAAAUUCUCAUCCUCUUUUUCGUUUAAUAGACCUUUGGCCAGAUAGUACUUUCUUGCCUUUCUGUUCCUCUUGCCAUGUGCCCACUAACAAAAUCCAUUAUAUCAAUUGACACAGCGAGACCCAAUCUCCCUGAGUAUUAUGGAUUCACCCUUGAUAUACUGCUAUACUGCAGGUUCUGCCCGUCGGUGUUCAUCUACCUGGGCCUGGUGGUUCCAGCAAUAUGGUUGCUGGAGUUGCACAAGGUCGAUCUUCGGUUGCAAAAGAAGGCAAACAUAACAUACAUCGAGGUAAACAUAACAGAGAUUCCGAUUCCUGGUGCCACCAAAAUCCCCACAGAUAUGUGGGUAACGUUGAUAGAGCAGUUCCUUAUGUUGACCCUCAUCGUGGGUCGGUGGCUGCUGCCCAAAGGAGAUCUUACGAGGGACCAGCUCAGCCAACUGCUGCUGGUAUAUAUUGGUACAGCCGCGGAUAUAAUCGAAUUCUUCGAUUCAUUCAAAGAUGAGAAGGUGGCUACUGAAAAGGUCCUUGUCCUCCUGACACUGGCCAUCUGGUCGUGGUCGCUUGUCCAGUUCACGGUCGUUUUGACAGCGACCAAAUCGAGGAAGUCCCGUGGCACAGCUCAUAGGUCUGACAUGAACUCCAGCCGCGCGUGUUGUUGCUCCAUUGAAGUCUGCGCAAUAAUGAUGAACAUCGUCCUUCAAGACGCACCAUUUUUGGCAUUUCGACUUCUCAUCAUCGCGCAUUAUAAGAUUAUCAACUAUAUGAAUAUAUUCUUCACAUGUAAAAAUACGUUGGUUAUUUUACUACAAAUAUAUAGACUAUAUGUGCUGCAUUUGGAAAAGACUGAGGAUACUAAUGGAGACUCGGUUUAUAGAAAGAGGAAGAAGCCCAAGACCAGUGAGAGGAAAGAGAGACGCAGAGAGAGAAAACAAAAGGAAAAGGGUCACAGAAGAAAGAAUUUGACAGAAGAAACAUCUAUAGCUGUCAUAAGUGAUAGAAAACAGGACAAAAUCGACGGAGGCCGGAUAAGGGCCAUAAUAUUGACAAAUUCAGAUGAAAUCAAAGAGUUGGAAUUGACUAAACUAUUCAAGGAUCAAGUGACAGUUGAAAACGAGAAGAAAAAAGGAACAAAGAAGAAGCAGAAAACCCAAUCCUCCGAAGAGUCUCUGAACAACAUCCAACACACAACAGACGAUUCGGGUAUUUGACAUCACCGGGUAAGGCGGGAAAGUCCCCGGCGUAGUCCCAAAAGGAGUCCUAGGAAGAGAGAUAGACAAGAGAAACGAGAUCGCAAAGAGAAAAAGAAGAAAAGAAGGGACUCCAGCGAAGAGUCAGAUUCGUCAAGCUGAGCGAAAAAAUUCCAUAAAUAAGCGAUCUUCUUUUUAAUGACAAUUGUCAUUUUGACUUUAACGUGACUCCUUCAACGUCAAGUGAAUUGUCACAAUUUUUGGCGGGAAGCGCGGUUCCUAUAUCUUCUAAUUUACAAUAAUUAGUUAAUUAAGAUAAAGCAAUUGUAGGUUGCAUUUAUAUUUUUAUAAUUAAUUUGGGACCAGUCCAUAUCUAUUUGUAGUCUUAACGUCUUCAUUCGUUUCGGAUCGGUUUUCGGAGAAAUUCAGUGGAAGUCUAAGAAUUUAUUCAUCGCUGGAAUUUUAUUCAGAUCAGCCAGCAGACUUUGGUAAUUAUUUUAAUAAAACAAUUAUUUCUAUUAUUAAUUUCCCCGAUAAUCAUAUCGCCAACCUAAGUUGUAGUAAAAAAAUAUUAAACUGUCUGUAGGUAUUUAUUUAAAAAACGAAAAAAUAGUUCCUAUCACUUAAUUUACGUAUAGUAAUACAAGGAAUAAAUAAAAUAUAUGAAACAAUCGUUCCGGUGUACUAAAACCUAUAAUAAACCUAAUUAAAAAACUUGAUAAUUUUCCUAAUAAAAUUAGUAUAUAGUGAUAUAUAUGUUGCUUAUUCUAGUAUUAUACAUAAAUAAUAAGUAGCUAUAACUUAGUUCAAGAAUAUAUUUAGGCUAAACUAAAUAUAAUAAAAGUUUCAAGAGCACUCAGGAAGUGUUUCUUUUCAAAUUUAUCUAAAUUAAUAAAAUAACAAAUAUUAAUAAAAUUAACACAACAAAAUUUGGUUAGUAAUAACUUUUAACAUUUUGGCCUUUUCUAUUGUUGAAUAAUUAAAUAAAAAUAUAUUUUAUACUUUAAUUAAGAGGCAAUAACGAAUGUAAGGUUAAGAUUCAAAAACGAUAUAAGGCGUUAAAAAGGCUUUGUUCGCGCUUUGUUGUCAUAGUUCGCGCUUAAAAUAAUAUUUUAUUUGUAAGAGUUAUGCUUCAAAAAUAUUAUGGUGAUGGAAUCUAAACUGCGCAUAUUCUGGCACACAUAAUGGCGAUCAUGGCGUGCAAAUUUGUCUUAAAAUUAAGAAUUUUACAUCAUACAGCUUACUCUAAUGUCUUAAUCUCACCCUAAGUAAAUAUGUAAUGUAAGGCUAUAAUAUUUUAAUUGUUAAUCAUACAUACUAAAAUAUAUUGAAUGUCUCUUUCUCGUAUCAAUUUGAAAUAUAUAAUGAUGACUUGUUAAAUUCCUCGGGUUUAUAGUAUGUUUACGAUCCUCCAUACUAAACCCAAACGUUGCAUUUAUAUCUGUAUAGUGGUCCGAAUGUAGAUUUUAUGAGUUGAUGUGGCUAUUUCGUUAAAUCGUCAGCUUUUUCAUGACAUGACAUAACGUUAUUGUUUUUUUCUGUAACUUCCGGUAUUUUUUCUAAUAAAGGCUGUAAUGUUAUUCUGUGGUAAUAUUUAAAAAAAUAGUACACAUGAACAGAGUGUCUUCCCCUAUAAGUAGUGUUAUUGGACACUUUCUUAUGUAUUUAACAUAUUAUUUUUAGUAAAUAAGAGGUAGUUUUAAAUUACUUAUUAAUCUUAAGUAAGGCUAGAUUUUAAUGUUAAAUAAUGUCAUUGUGCAGGGACCAUUUGUUUAAAAGAUGUUCUGUGGUGAUUAGAAAUGUCAAAGACUAUCUGUUGAAUCUCGUCCCAUGCUUCAAAAUUUGAUUGAAUAACAUUUAAAUUUGAUAAUAUUAAUUUGUUAACUAGAUACUAAAUAAGGCAACUGAUACAUAACUAUAAAAACAUUUUUCCCGUGGAGCAUGGUAGUUCAUGCGUGGCUAAUGUGUGAUACAUUUAAAGUCAGCAACGUGUUAUACUUGACGCUGGCUAAUACACAAACCGUGCCAGAGCCAAAAAGAAGAAAAAAAUUGCAACGUGUAUUUCCCGUAACGAUGGCAACAUUAUAGAGUAAUCAAAUAUGUCUAUUACGUGAAUGUCAACUAAUCUUAAUAAAACAGUGUUAAUAGUUGUUAAUUAGUAAUUUUGCACUCACAAGAUUGUUAUCCAUUUUCAUAUUUUAUUAAAUUGUUAGAUUUUAUAAAUAAAACGAUCAAAACACA